CCCAUCUCAGUAAACUAGAGUGGGUGUAUAAGUAUGAGGUUAUAAUUUGAUUUGUUGUCAAACAAAAUAAGUUUUGUUUAUGUAGCGGUGAUAAUAAAUAAAGUAUAUAGACAAUACAAGCUUAUUCUAAGCAAAAAAAAUGUCCACGAGAUGGUAUCCGCUUUACCAAAAAGGUAAUCCACAGUUACGGAUUUUCCUUCCAAAUUUUUGGAUGAAAAUGGUUAAACCAGAUUUGGAACAGCGCAAAAAUAUCGUGCACUUUCAUUGUUCUAUGGAAAUGACGAGGCACGACAUUAAGAAUUACUUGGAGAAAAUUUACAAGGUCCCAGUUAUCAAAGUCAACACGAGGAUAGCAUUGGGUACGAUCAGAGAAAACGAGUUGGGCACAAUAGUCAAGGAUGAUGACAUAAAAAUUGCCUAUGUCCACUUGCCAAGGUACGAAAAAUUUGAAUACCCCAAUUUGUUUGAGACCGACCAAAGAAAGAAGGAAAAAGAAAAAGAAGAUUCAAUUAUGGAGGAAACCAAAGCAGGAUUCCAAGCAGUGGUGGAGGAAAAUAAUAAAACUCAACCUGGUCUCCCCCCUUGGUUUAGAAAUUUUUAAAUUUUAUUGAUUAUGUCUGUUACGAAAAUUUAUUAAUAAAGUAC